GUUGUGUAUAACUACGAGGGCCUUAAAUUUGUGGGAUACUUGAGGCGGCCGGCUGGGGCCUCGGCUGCCUCACGGUCCAACCGGCUCUGGUUGAUUCGUGCAAUUUGAGGACGUGGCGAUCAUCCAUAACUCCAUCGUGGCUCUCUACUUGAUUGGGUAACCGUAGAGAAGCUAGACCCAUAUCCGCCCAAACCUCUUUUGUCUCAACCUCGCCGGAAUCUCUCCUAACCCCCACCGGCGACGUCGUUUUCACGGUAGAAUCACACAAAUUCCCGAUUCCUAAAUCCAUUAGUUGCGAAACCGACCCCUAAAAAACGUAUUAAUUUCACGAAAAAACAGACGAAUGUGGUAUCGAUCAGCUUCUUUCAUCCUCGACAAACAGGAGCAGCAGCGCAACGCCGCCGCCGAGAGCCGCCCACUCUCCCCUGCUUCUACCGAGAUGGCUGCGGCUGCGGAGAACCCUAGCUCUAACGUCUCAAUGUAUUACCAGACGCGCGCGGCUCAUCACGGCGUCGUAACGAGCGAUUGGCUGGCGCAGGCGCAGGCCGCCGUGGCCGGAAAUUCCGACGACUGCGUUGCGGUGAACAAUGCGUCCAGUGGAGAAGAGAGAGGUAAGAGGUUCUCGGUGGUGGAUGAGUUUAACAAUUGGCGGAAACAGCCGGAGUUGGCGGAGGCUGUUGCGGCGAUUAGGGCUUUGGCGUCGGUCAUUCGGUCGAGCCAAGCAAAGACGAUGAUGGAGCUUGAAAUUGAGCUAAAAAAGGCGUCUGAUUCUCUUAAAUCAUGGGACACUACUUCAAUAUCCUUAACAGCUGGUUGUGACCUUUUCAUGCGUUAUGUGACUAGAACUUCAGCUUUAGAUCGUGAAGACUUUGGUUCAGCCAAGUCCAGACUCCUUGAGCGUGCUGAGAAGUUUGGCGAGAUAUCAUAUAAGGCUCGGAGAAUAAUAGCUAUGCUGAGUCAAGAUUUUAUAUUCGAUGGCUGCACCAUUCUGGUGCAUGGCUUCUCCAGGGUCGUGCUAGAAGCUUUGAGAACAGCAGCAGAGAAUAAAAAACUGUUUCGAGUUCUCUGCACAGAGGGAAGGCCCGACAGGUCAGGGUUACGCGUAUCCAACGAGCUCGCCAAGCUGGAUAUCCCCGUUAAGCUCUUAAUCGACUCUGCUGUGGCGUAUAGCAUGGACGAAGUUGACAUGGUGUUUGUUGGAGCAGAUGGUGUGGUUGAAAGUGGAGGCAUUAUAAACAUGAUGGGAACCUACCAAAUUGCAUUGGUUGCUAAAGCCAUGAACAAGCCAAUGUAUGUUGCUGCUGAAAGUUACAAGUUUGCGCGCCUCUACCCGUUGGAUCAGAAAGACAUGGUGCCAGCCCUGCGCCCCAUUGAUUUUGGGGUGCCAAUUCCAUCAAAGGUGGAGGUUGAAACCUCUGCUCGCGACUACACGCCCCCACAGUAUCUCACCCUUCUCUUCACUGAUCUUGGCGUUCUAACACCGUCUGUGGUCAGCGACGAGCUCAUCCAGCUCUACCUAUAGACAAAGCUCUGCAGCCCGUUAACGCACAAUUUGUUCCGGUACUAGUACUGCAGCAUUUUACUGUUACUUUCUUCAGUGUUAUGGAAUUAGCAUGUUGGUGCACAUGCUGAAAUUUUGUUUCAAAAUUAGUCAUUUGUGGACGACAACACGACUCUGUUGGAAUCUUUUUGGUUUGUCUGAUUGUAGUUGCAUAGAAAUUGAUCUUCGCCGAAUAAAUAGUGAGUGAAUCCCUUUUUUUGACA